AUGGACGUAGGAAGCUGCUCUGUGGGGAACAACCCACUUGCUCAACUGCACAAACACACACAACAAAACAGAUCUCUUCAGUUUGGCCAGAGUAAUGGGCCUCGUAAUGAGUCGCCCCUACAGAAUAACAUCAAGCCAAAUGGUACCCAGGCUUUCAAGUCCAAUAAAAAUACCAUUUCCCAAGAAAGUAUGGCACAUAUGCAUAGGUUCAUGAACGGAGAACCCCUAGCGGAUGAUAAGAGAAGAAUGGAAAUAGGACAAUCUUCAGCCAUGCCUCUAUCUCUUUCAAGUAUGCGUUCCUUACAAAUUGAAUCAAGCCCAAACCAAAUUAGUGGAGCGAUUAACACAUCGCACUGGUCGCAGGAAUUUCAAAAUGGUGGUAAUAUUCAGAAUAAGAUCACAAAUGCAGGCAAUUCAGAAAAAGUAUGGCAACACCCGCCACAAGCCACUUCGAGGCAAUUUCAAUAUCCCAAUAACAUGAUGAAUAACUACCCUUACUCUUCAAUGAAUAGUUUCAGCGGAUCAAGGCUCCAGUCACCUGGGUUCAUGAACCAGCAGCACACAGAACGUUCUAAGGAAGACAUCAAACAGCAAGGAGAACAACCUUGGAUGGAUCAGUUUGAAAAGUUAGAAAAAGAGGUUUCGGAAAACCUGAACAUCCAUGAUGGGAUAGAAGAAGAAGAGAAUAUAACUGAAGUGGAACAAAAUAAGCCAGAAAUCGUGGAAAAGGACGAAGUAGUAUUUGGAGAUCAAUAUCAAUCCGAUUUCCAAGAAGUAUGGGACAGUAUCCACAAAGAUGCCGAAGAUGUCUUGCCAUCUGAUUUGGUCAACGACGACCUUGAUUUAGGGGAAGACUAUCUGAAAUACCUAGGUGGUAGGGUAAAUGGAAACAUCGAGUAUACUUUUCAAUCAAAUAAUGUGUAUUCGAAGAACCCUAAUGCUUAUAAGAUUGGUUGUCUAUUGAUGGAAAAUGGAGCCAAGUUGAGCGAAGCAGCCCUAGCGUUUGAGGCUGCUGUUAAUGAAAGACCCGACCAUGUGGAUGCAUGGUUGAGAUUGGGCCUGGUACAAACCCAAAAUGAAAAAGAGCUGAACGGUAUAAGUGCUUUAGAAGAGUGUUUGAAACUAGAUCCAAACAAUUUAGAGGCAAUGAAGACUUUAGCGAUCAGUUACAUAAAUGAAGGGUACGAUAUGAGCGCCUUUACAAUGCUAGAUAAAUGGGCAGAAACCAAAUACCCUGAAAUUUGGUCAAAUAUCAAGCAACAAGAUGAAAGGAUUCAAAAAGAAAGGGGAUCCACACACAUUGACAUGAACGCGCGUGUAACAAAACAGUAUCUGCAAUUAGCCAACAGUUUAAGCUCGGCAGACCCUGAAGUACAGUUGUGCUUGGGUCUUCUAUUCUACACUAAGGAUGACUUUGACAAGACGAUAGACUGCUUUGAAAGCGCGUUGAAGGUCAAUCCUAAUGACGAAUUGAUGUGGAACAGAUUAGGAGCUUCACUGGCCAACUCCAACAGAUCAGAAGAGGCGAUCCAAGCAUAUCAUAGAGCAUUGCAACUGAAACCAUCUUUUGUUAGAGCUCGUUACAAUCUGGCAGUGUCUUCAAUGAAUAUUGGAUGUUAUAAAGAGGCUGCAGGCUACUUAUUGACUGUCUUAAGCAUGCAUGAAGUAGACACCAAGAAAAAGGGAGAUCUAGGGUCUCUCUUGAACACAUAUAAUGAUAGCGUCAUUGAUACUUUGAAGAGAGUUUUUAUAGCGAUGAACCGAGAUGACCUUUUACAAGAGGUGAAACCAGGUAUGGAUCUGAAAAGCUUUAGAGGUGAAUUUUCAUUUUGA